GUUUUCCCAGCGCUGGUGUCCGUGCCCCCGGCGGGCUGUGCUGCGGGCUCGCCACUAACUCUCUGCGUUUCCUCCAGAUCCCGACACAGCCACCGUCCCUCGCCCGGGGAAGCAGGCGUGGGCAGAAGACCAUGGGCAAGAAUCCCCCUUUCCCAGCGGGUUCCCUCAGCAGCUUGGAGUGUGAUUAGCAAGCCAAGGCAGUUGGAUUUAUUUAAACACCCUGCCUCUCAUUGAUUAAGAAAUGAAUGGCAGAAAUCGCUCAAAGAAGGCCAUGAAAGCGAAGAAGUUUAUGGGAGUAGAUUCGUCCAGGGAGGUCACAGUGCGACCUCCAGGCCAUCAGGUGUUGCAGAGAGUUCAGAUUUUUCCUCUUGUAGCUUUGCACCAAAAUCCACCGUGUUUUCCACCUCCUGGUCCACGGUUCACCAUCAGCCGUCUGCGGCAAUGACCGGGAUCUACCACCCCUACAUGCACCAGCCCCACUUAGGGGCAGCCGACGCUGGCCGCUACGUGCGCUCCUGGAUCGAGCCCUUCCCGGGCUUCCCGGGCGGCGGCGGCGGCGGCGGCGGCAGCGGAGGCAGCGGAGGCAGCAGCAGUGGCGGCUCCGCGUCCAGCUCCGGCUCCUCCAACGGGCGUCACUACGGGAUAAAGCCGGAGACGGGAGCAGCCGCCUCCUCGUCUUCCUCCUCCUCUUCCUCCUCCUCCAAAAGGACUGAGUGCUCCUCGUCUCGGGAGUCCCAAGGGAUCGGUGUGCCCGAGUACACGUGCAGCUCCUUCCUCCAGGAGUCCCGGGAGAAAGCGCCUGCCGGCAGCUCCAAGGAGCCCGCCGCCUGCAGCCACAACCCCAGCCCGAGCAGCGAUCUGAAAGAGGAGAAGCAGCAGCAACUUGACCCAAAUAACCCUGCUGCAAACUGGAUCCACGCUCGUUCAACGAGGAAAAAGCGUUGUCCCUACACAAAGUAUCAAACUCUGGAACUGGAAAAGGAAUUUCUCUUUAACAUGUACCUCACCCGAGAUCGCCGUUACGAAGUAGCUAGGAUUUUAAACCUCACAGAGAGACAGGUCAAAAUAUGGUUUCAGAACAGAAGAAUGAAAAUGAAAAAGAUGAACAAGGAGAAAGGCAAUAAAGGAGACUAACGCUGGGGUGGAAACGUAGUUGAGGACUAUUGAUUUAGUUUUGAGUUUGGAUUUUUUAUCGGGGGUGUGUGAGUUUUUGGUUGUUGGGGGCUUUUUUUUGGUUUUGGUUUAUAGCUGCUUGUUUUUGUUUGGUUGUGUGUGGGGUUUUUGGGUUUGGC